AUCCUCGUACCACUGUACAUCUACCCAACCCCAGAGACUUGGGCACCCCUUUACCGCGCGGCAGAUGCCCAACCCGACCUGGAUUUUUACGUGGUGGUGAACCCGGCCAACGGGCCCGGGCUGGGUGCCCUGCCGGACGCCAACUAUGUGGACGCGCUGGCGAGGCUGACGGCAUUGGGCAACGUGCGGGUCAUUGGCUAUGUCCACUGCAGCUACGGGCGGAGGCCUGUUGAGGACAUCGUGGCGGAUGUGGAGGCGUAUGCACGCUGGGAAGGGGAAAUGGGCAAGACUAUCGUCGUGGACGGCAUCUUCAUCGAUGAGACGCCCUCCAGCACCGAGUUUGUGGAGUACCUGGCAGCCCUGGCCAACGCUGGCAGGACGAUCCUGAACCGGAACGUACUCGUCCCCAAGAUGGUGACGACGGCAACGGCUGGGGCUGAGGUCAUCUACAACCCGGGCGUGGUGGUUGACCCCAUCUUUUACCAGGCAGCCGACUACAUCGUGGCCUUUGAGAACGCGGCGCAGCAGUGGGUGAACCCUGUGGUACGGCAGGGCUUUGCGCGCCUUCCGCGGGCGCUGGUGCGGCGGUCCGUCGCCGUUGCGCACAGC